AUGGACCAGAAUUCAUCGGAGGAUCUUGUCGAGCAGAGGAUCUCCAACAUGCGGAGAUGCACUGCCCACUUGCGUGAUCUGACACUUCUCCGUGGCACGACAUCCGCCGUGCUCCUGAACAGCUUCGGCCACGUUAUGAAGUCAACGACGGGCGGCACAGGCACUGUUAGCGAAGGCGAGAAUGACUACGACAAGAGCUAUGUCGUCAGUGAGCUGGACAUUUUCUUAUCGCACAGCGGCUCGACAGGACUUCUACAGCUCCAGUUUGCUUAA